AUGUCCUCAACGAUCGCCGCCACCAUACCCAGCAUAUACGACCAUUUCGAUGAAGAAGCCGACGUACCAAACACAACAAUGGAUUCAACAUCAUACACGCAAUCAGCAGACGGAACAUUAGUAAUAAUGGUUGUUCGUGCAAAGCAUCUACCAAACAGAAGGAAACUAGAUAAACAAUCGCCCUACGUUGUUGUAAGAUUGGGUACGAAUGCGAAAAAGACUAAAUCAGAUUUCCGAGCAGGUCAGACCCCAGAAUGGACUCAUGAAAUCAGGUUUGAUAUCACUCGGGAGAAGAAGCCACUACUAAAAAUUGACCUCUUGGAUGAAACAAAAGGUGACCCAACGCCUAUUGGUAGUUGUGAAAUUGAUGCAUCCCAAGUGUUUUCCGAUCUUGGGAAUAAACGAGAUAGAAAGUACAUUCUUGAUAAAUGGUAUGAUUUGACAUUUCAGGGAAAAAGAGCAGGAAUGCUUUAUUUGGAAAUGACAUUUUAUCCAAGUGCCCCUGUACUCCCACCAAAGGUACCGUCUCAUGAGGAAGAGCAUCAUGUGGUCGAUAAUGGCAGACCUUAUGGCAGUUCCAUAUCGCCAAUACAAUCACCUCCGACGCAAGCACAUCACUAUGAGUCAAGCCCAGUUCACGAUGUAUUUGUCUCCCUGGAUAAUUCAAAACACAGUAAACGAUCUUCAAUAUUCCUGAAAACGAGCCAAUAUUUUCUUAACACUGGUGAAGGCAGUGCUUCGAGUCACGAAAGUUCAGAUGAAGUUAUAAUACUGCAUCCCAAAGUGGGCAGCAAGAGUCCCAAUAAAUACAUGUCAAAGCUCAACAAACUUAAAGACAAGAUCCAAUCAAAGCAAUCGCUAUGGGGAAGCUCAGACAACGGGAAUAUGGCAAACACAUUCUUUUCUAGUCCAUCGAGACGAGACAUAUCUCCCAUUAGUGCUUACGGAUCUAACGUGGAUGGGCUAGGGCAGGACCCAUCAGGAAGCCACAUAAGUCAGAAUCAGAAGUUAGACGAUUUUGAUCUUGACCUCGAGUUCAAAUCACCACCUCCUCCACCACCUCAUCAGUCACACUCCAAGCCACUACCUCCAGCUCCAGGUAGGAAACCGCCUUCAUCGGUAUCGAGAGUAAACCUCAAAGACAGUACGUCAAUUCCAUUUUCAGCAGACUCGAUAGGUCUAGACGACAAUGCAGACAGCUUACCAACCAAGGUCUACUUAUUAGAUGAGCCUGUUAAGUCAUUGACUUGUAAUGCCAAACACACCUCAAGCCAGGAAGUGUCAGCAAAGGAUGAUAUUGAUCCCAAAUAUUAUGCCCCUACUCCAAGUGAACAUUUCAAUAGACAAAUGAGGUUUUCCAAUAAUUCUGUAACAAAGGACGAUCUCAGAGUAGACUUGAGAACUAAUCGAACAGGAUAUGUCGGUGAUGGUAAAUUCAGUCCCAGUGUUUUCCAAAAAGCUAGCAUAAACAAACCAUUCAAUGUGUAUGACGAUAGUGAUGAUGAAGAAGAAGCAAAGCCAGAAGUUCCACCCAAAAUCCCUCAGGGGUUGAACGAGAUGGAAUAUUACAUUUUAGAGAAGGAAAAAUACCUUCGUGAUCUUCAAGCUAGAAGAGCAUAA